AUGAUUGUGAUUGAGAUUAGCUCUCCAGAAGUAUAUAGCGUUGCUGAUUCAGACUGUAUUCCUGAUUCAGAGGAUUGCAGUAAAAUCGACAUCUCAAAUAAUAAAGUCCAGAUUUUGCAUAACAUAAUAAUUCGUCCAGGAACAUCUUCUGCAGAUGAAAUAGGAAAGCCUCAAAAAUCUCAGCUGUUCAAAGUUGAAGUUGCAAAUUUAAAUACUCAACCAGGACCGUCUUCUUUUGAGCCUGGGCCAUCUUGUAAUACAGAUAGCGAAUUAACUCUUAAUAUCCAAACAGAAAAAGAAAAUAUAGAUCCAGAUUAUAAUGAAGGUUAUGAAUUAGUUUGCACUAAAAAUAGAACGAUUCGAGAUAAUACAAGAGAAAAUACAUAUAAAAGAAAGAAAGACAUGUGUUAUUUUUGCGAAACAGAUGUGCUUAAUUUUGCAAGACAUAUCAAGAGAAAUCAUUUUUGUGAAUUGGAAGUGCAACAAAUAUUUUCCAAUGGUAAAAAAACUAAAGAGCGACGAGAAUUAUUGGCAGUAUUAAAAAAGAAAGGUAAUUUCCUCAAAAACUCUACUGAAUGUGUGAAACCCGUUAAACAAGCUCUUCAAUUAGACAAAACAUUUCUACCAUGUCCCGAGUGUCUUGGAUUUUAUAGAUCCAAAUUUUUAUACAGACACAGAAAAAAAUGUUGCAAAGAAAAAUCUUCAAAAACUGCUCAAGCUGACUCACAAACUUUUACUCUGAAAAAUUUGCGAAUUGAUCAGUACUUAAAAGAUGUAGUUUUUCCUAAAAUGCGAGCAGACAAAAUUUCACUAGAAGCCAAAAAUGAUUUUUUAAUUUGUGCCUUUGGUGCCAGGUAUCUUAAAUUACAUCGCGAAAAACAUUUUAUUAAUGUUACAAGUAGGAAAAUGAGGGAAUUAUCUAGAAUUUUAUUAGAAUUGAAAAAAAUAGAACCAUCAAUAAAUAAUUUGUUCCAAGGUCUACAACCAAAAUAUUAUGACAAAUUUGUCGAGGUUACAAAAUUGGUGGCAAAAUAUGAUAAAGAUAAAGAUCUGUAUAUGUCACCCACAUUUGCAAUAAAUAUAUGUACAUCAUUAAAGCAAUGUUGUGAUAUUGCUAUUCAUAUGAUAGUAAAACAAGAAUCGUCUGUUGAACAAGCAAAUGUUGAAGCAAACCUAAAAACAAUGAUUAAUCUACUACAAUCGAACUGGCGGUUUGAUAUAUCGAGUCAAGCAGCCAACGAUUUAAAUAUAAAUAGAUAUAAUAAAAUAACAAUAGUGCCAUUGGCUAGUGACCUAAAAUUACUAAAAGAAUACUUAAUUUCGGAAGCAGAAAAUGCUUUAAAAGAACUAAAAGAAAAUUCUUUAAAUAUAAGUGCUUUCAACAUUCUUCUAGAAACAAUCUAUUGCCGAGUUAUAUUGUUGAACAGGCGACGACCUGGCGAGUUACAAAGAAUGCUGUUACACACCUAUGAAAAUUCAGAAAAGAAAAGUGAGAGCUAUGAAGAAUUUAGUGAAGUGGUAUCUGAAACAGAAAAAAUAUUACUUAAAAAGUUGAAAAGGGUAGUCAUUAGAGGCAAGAGAGGACGUGGAGUACCGGUCAUGUUUAGUUCUGAUACACAGAACCACAUUACAGAGCUACUCAAUGUUAGACCAAAUUUUUUAGGAAAAGAAAAUCCGUAUUUGUUUGGAAAACCAGGUUUGACAACACCAAUACACGGCUACAAAAUUAUUGCAAAAUAUGCAAAGGCUUGUGGUGCUAAGAACCCAGAUGCCAUAACUUGCACGAAGUUGAGGAAGCAUCUAGCAACUUUGACUCAGUUGUUCAAUCUAACCGAAAAUGAAAUUGAACAACUUUCUACUUUUAUGGGACAUACUUCUGCGGUUCAUAGAAACUCAUAUAGACUACCUGAUGAUCUUUAUCAGACAGCAAAAAUAUCAAAAUUAUUAUUGUUAAUGGAAAAGGGACAGGCAGGAGAAUAUAAAGGAAAAUCUUUAGACGACAUUCCGAUAGAUAUGGACGAAAAUCUUUUACUUUGCCACGAUAAUGAGAGAGAUAAUGAUGGAGAUUCUGAAAAUGAAGAACAAGACGUUAUACCAGAAAAUGAGACAGAAGAGCAAAAUUUGGUACAUAAAAAAUUGGAUUCACCAAAAAAACAUAAACCAGUGCCAAAAAAACAUAAACAAAAACGAAUUUUAGUUCCAUGGACAACAAGACAAAAAAAAGUGGUUACCACUUAUUUUAAAAAUAAUAUUAAAAAUAGGAAGCCUCCCAUACGACAAGAAUGUGACGAGUUAAAAUCUCAAUACCCUGAGUUGUUAAGCAAUAAAGACUGGCUCAAAAUUAAAGUUUUCGUGCAAAACUUGUAUACAAAAAAGAAAAAUUAA